CGGCUUAGGGCUCCGCCGCUGCCCUGCGUCACUGCCGCCCUGCUCCGCUGGCAGCACCGGCGAGACGCUAUCUCCGCGGCAACGGCGGUGUCGAGUCCAGGACCUCUGACAGGGCUCUUAGCAUAGCAGGUGCGAGGCAUCCGCGAGGUUGCCCGUCUGGAAUCGACACUGACUUGGCGGCCCACAGGCAGCCCUCACUGCUCAAGGCUUGAACGUGCUUCGUGAAAUCGCCAGAAGCCCCCGACAGCCCCUUUAGUGCCGCGGGGGUGGGCGCGGCGCAGCCUUCGCGCCUCUCAGUCGCCAGGCAUCGCCGCGGACAGCUGCGGCCCUUGGGGUUCAGUGGCGGUGCGCUGCUUAGGUGGCAGUUGGCAGUGACGGCGGGAGAUGGUGAGAGCGAGCAGGAGCUUUCGGUGAGGAAUUGUUGGGCCCGGCCCUGCUGGCCUCACAGUGCGGUCCCUGGGGUCCCUGCCUUGCCUUCCGCAAACCGCGGAGGAGCCGCGCAUGGGGGCCGCAGCGGAGCCCCGGCGAGGCGGCAGCCCCAGGGAGCGCGGUUUGUGCCGCUGGGCGAUGCAGGCAUGGAGAAUGCGGUGAAACGUGGGGAACGUCGGGUGCCCAAUUUAGUGUGUGUAAAUGGCGUCACCGGAGCAGCAAACUGCAGCAGGGUAGCGAUGAGCAGGUGUUUGAGUACUUACUGUUUGCAGAAACCUUAUGCUAGUAAAAUAAGAGAAAAAUGACUUUAAGGAAAGUGAAUAUUUCCAUCCUUAUAGUGGCUGUUGUAAUUUUUUUGCUGGUUCUUCAUCAUAACUUCUUAGGCCUCAGUGACUUCUUGAAACGGGAGUUGUCAGAUUCAAAUCCAGUAGGACUUCAGCCUAUAGAUUUCAUACCUGCAGUUCCCCAGAGACUGGCAGAUGGGAGAAAUGAUAAAGAGAUUUCUGUGGUCAUCGCAGCAUCAGAUGAGAGGCUUGGGGGUGCCAUUGCAGCCAUGAACAGUAUUUACUUUCACACCAGAUCCAACGUGGUUUUCUAUAUUGUUACUUUGAAUGAUACUGUGGAUCACUUGAGGCUGUGGCUGAGUAAGACUGCUCUGAAAAAUUUGCAGUACCGAAUUUUGAAUUUUGACCCUCAUGUCUUAGAAGGGAAGGUACAAGUGGAUCCUCAAAAGCCAGACACCUUAAAACCAUUAACUUUUGCGAGAUUCUACUUGCCCACUUUGGUACCUCAUGCAGAGAAGGCCAUCUAUGUGGAUGAUGAUGUCAUAGUGCAAGAUGAUAUCCUUGAACUUUACAACACUCCACUGAAACCUGGACAUGCAGCUGCAUUUUCAGAGGACUGUGACUCAACCACUAAUAAAGUUGCUGUCCGUGGAGCAGGCAAUCAGUAUAAUUACAUUGGGUUUCUAGAUUACAAAAAAGAAACCAUCCGAAAGCUUGCCAUGAAAGCCAACACCUGCUCUUUCAAUCCAGGAGUUUUUGUUGCUAAUUUGACAGAGUGGAAAUUACAGAACAUCACUCAGCAGUUGGAGAAGUGGAUGGCACUUAAUGUAGCAGAGGAGCUUUACAGUAGGACUCUGGCUGGCAGCAUCACAACUCCUCCACUGCUGAUUGUAUUUUACAAGCAACAUUCCAGUAUAGAUCCCAUGUGGAAUGUCCGGCAUCUCGGGUCUAGUGCUGGAAAAAGGUACUCUCCUCAGUUUGUGAAGGCUGCCAAGCUGCUCCACUGGAAUGGACAUUUAAAACCCUGGGGAAGAACAGCCUCGUAUGCUGAAGUCUGGGAGAAGUGGUAUGUCCCUGACCCUACUGGCAAGUUCAGUCUGAUUCGCAGACAUUCAGAAGCCUAUGAAGCAAAGUAGUCAAUUUUCAUAACCAAUGCCAUUUUCUCAGGAAACUUCUGGAGCCAAGCAGAACAUUGUGGGUUGGUUUUUUUUUUUUCCAACUUGUAUUCCAGAGCAGUCUUUGCCUUCCAGAGCAGAAAGUUAUGCACUCUGGAGCAGUUCUGAUAGGCACAGGUCCAAAGGAGAGUCACUUCUAUGACAGAUGAUGCAGUAUGAUAUAAAGCAAGGGAGAAUAUCCACAAACUAGCACUUGUGUUUCCAUCUUCACUGCAAGUCUUCUAGAGGAGGAUUGUUAGCUAAAGAGGGUUUCCAAGAACUUCCAGUUGGUGCCUGCACCAUGCAGAUCUUCCAAAGCAGGGUACUGCAACUAGGAGCUGCCUGGGUUUUGUUCUGGGAUGACUGUUUUUUUCUUAUCCUGUGAAACAGCCUCAAAAACCCUUUCUUGCAUGAAUUCUCCCCCCACCCAUUUCUGUGUUAGCCUUGCAGAAUUCUGCAAACUUGAAUCCCUUUUUUGACAGAUGAGUCUUUCAAGUGUUAUUUCUCUAUGCAAAAUGAACUGCCAGUGAACUAAAAGCUUUUUUUUUGUGGAGUGGAGAAAGCUCUGUGAAUUUUAACAUGUUGACUCAAACCUCAGGUAAAUGGCCAUCAUCUGCUUUAUAUUUAGGAUUUUAGGAUUUCAGGAUUUCAAGCUGCUAACUCAUUGCAGUCAUUGCCUAUAGCUCUGUUUGCCAUGAGUGCUGAUCUGUGGUUUAUUACUUAAUUGUUUUUACUGAAUUUUGAUGGACAAGAACCAUUCUUGUCCUUGAACUGACCAGGAGUAAUGGAGUAACUUCAGUCGCCAGACUUUGAAACAUCUUUUUUUUAUAAGGGAAAGUGAACUCAGUCCAUUAGGAUGUUUUUUAAAUCAUCUUUAGUACAGGAAUUAAAAUUUAGGACUUAAAGCUGAAUGCAAUCUGUUUGCUACACUUGUAUGAAAUCUACAAGGAUCAAGGGAGAUACACCAUUAUACACAUUAUUUGACACAGCCACCAUUGGGAAUCUUUGCAGCAGCUCUGGUAUGCAGCACUCCUCUAACUUGUGCCCCAAGACAAGUCUUGGUGAGCGUUCUGUAAGCCAGUAAGCAGCGCCUCCACACAGGGCUUCAUUACACAUAGUCUGUAUUAAAAUCGUAGGCAUCAUCUUCAGCAGCUGUCUCAUCCAGGGGAUUGGAAUGUUUGCUCUCUGAGAAAGGAAAAUUGUAGAGUUGGUGAAACCAAUGCGAGUGCUAGAGUACCAAAGGCUACUCUUCAAGCUAGGGUUUUUCAUACACACCUGCUAUCUGCUUGUUUGAAUUUGCAGAACGUGUUUGUUGUUUUCCAAGCUUUGUUUUCCUGGUAACUUGAACCUUGCUUUCCUGCAAGUCAGAGAGGUCAAACCUGGUUAUUCAGGUACCACUAAUAAGUCUCUCACGCAAAUGAAACCUAACAGACACCAAUGAUAGUGUGGAUGUCCCCUUGCGUAGUUGGCCAGGAACUCAGAACAGUGCUAUUCACUUAACUAAAAAAACAGCCCAACUUAAGGGUUGGGUUCUCCAGGAGAAAGGCUUUCUGAUUACUCCUGGUGGCUCCACAAUGCCUACAUGUUCUCAGUUUACAGCAGGGUAUUGACUGAGUACUUGGUGUCAGGUUCUGAACAGGUAGAGGCCUAAUGAAACCCUGAUUUACCUCUUCAAUAUCACUCUCUUCUUCUGCAUCAUUUUGAUCAUCAUCACAUUCUGUGAAAUCCUCUUCUUCCUCCUCCUCCUUGCUCGUUUCCAAGUUUUCCCAUUCUGAUGCUUCCUCUGUCACUUUAUUUUCCUCUAUUAUCCCAUUUGACAUACCAGCUGACUGAAAAAUUAAGCUAUUUGAUGGACUUGGGAAUUUUAAAGCUGGGAAAAAAACAUAGGAGGAAGUGUCUAAGUCACUGUUUGGCAGCACAUUUGUAAAGCUUACCUGCUGAGAGGACAGCCAUUUAGGUCAGAGCUAGAAAAAGACAGUCCUGCCCUUUCCCUGCCACAAGACUCCCACAUAAGCAAGUAGAACAAAGUGCAGUUCUCUGCAAAUAGCUUUCACUCAGGCAUCUACAGAUGACUAUUUGGAGCUGGAAAACCUAAAUCUGAAUGUAGACUGUACUCAGUAAAAUGUAUUUUCUUGGCCUAAUCA